AUGGAUGUAUCAAAGGAGACCAUCACGAAGAUCCAGCACUUUUCGGAAAGGCGUCAGAAAGCAGAGGACGAAUAUGAUCAGCAACAACUUGACCAGACAUCCAUUCAGGAAUACAAACAGAAAUUGGAUGCGGCAUUAAAGGAACUACAAGAUCAAGCCAAGCACCAAGAUGAUGAACUGAAGCAUAUCACCAAUACAUUCGACCUCUCAAGCAUAGGCACAGACCCCCAGUCCCGGCUGUCUCAAGUACGAAGAGCCAAGAAAGCAUAUGAUUCUCUCCUAGGGUCAGAGCACGAGCUGCCCACACCGGGAUCCCCGUUACCGUCUUUACUAGCCAUCGAAGAGAUAUCCCGGCUAGUCAAAGAAAGCAAAGUAUCAGUCUCUAUGACAACAGAAAAGCUCUCUGCCAACCGGCAACGUUUAAAGACCGAAGAAGCAAACCUGCAUGAUGCUCAAGCGAUCAGAAAGGGGUUAGAAGAGCGAAUCGCAAAAACCCGGAGCGAGAAAUCCAGAAAGAAGGAGAAAUCACCGCCUCAACUUGCGGAGGAGCUCAUUGAGCAGAAACGUGCGAAAAAUAAAGAUCUCGACAAAGAUGCGGACGACUUAAGAGCUUCUUUGCAUGACUUCGUUGACGAUCAACUGGCUGCGAUGCUUGCCGCGGAAGGUCUAGGAGGUCCAACUGUUGGAGAUGCAUUAGAGACCCCUGAUGCCACGCUAGAGGCGGGCUACACAAACCACGGGAAGCCUAAAAAGCCGAAAGCUUCGAAUACAGAUCAGGAUGGCGGCCAGCAACGGAUAGAUCAGCUUAUGCGCCGGCAAUCAGGGCGAGAGAACGAUCAACAAUCAAGUCCGUCCAAUAGAAGGGAGGCAGCGGCAGCAGAAAUGCAUACGCUUCUUGACUCAUUGAUUGACGCCGAUAAUUCGUAUAUUGACCUCCCUCGAGAGUCGGCGACCUCUAGGUUUCUAGUGAGAGCGAAGGUCGCCCAGUUCCACCCUCGUGAUGCUAGACGGUUACGGCUGGUUGAUUUCGGGCGCUCCCUGAGCGAUUGA